GACGCCGCGACAGACGGAGGCUCCUACCACCUUUCGAGGCCGCGACCCUUGACUGAGAACCGCAGACGGAGGGGCAACGAAUGACGCCGAACAUCUUGCCUGCGGGAUCUGCUUAAAGCAUCCUUUCGUGACGGAUUGGCAGCCGUGGAGCCCAACCUCGGUAGUGUAAAAGCACAAAAUUCUUAAUUUGGACGAUCGGCAGUUGUUUCAUCUCGAGGAGAGUUUAUACUUUUUUCCAAGACGCAGAGAAAAGGGGAGGCUGUCUGUGUGGCGAGUGCUGGCGUGAGUUUUAAGCACACUGUGUUUAAGUCGUUAAGUUUCGGCGCAGUAAAACGGGAAAUAUAUUGUCUUAGAACACAACUCUUUUAAAAGCCACAGCUAUAGGCGAGAGGAAAUUAAAGAGAGAAAAAAAAGCUAGUAAGUGCUUUUCUCACACAACCUGAAAGUGAGAAGAGAAAGAGAGAGAGAGAAAAAAGUGAAGAAAGAAAAUACGAAUGAUUGUGUUUUCUGUCACUUUCUGAACGGAGAUCCUGUGACCAAACGCAUAGGAUUAACAUGCAAAAGUGAAGACAUCUUCUGUGUGAUGAAAUGGUCACUUUAAGGAUGACGUCUGGGGGGAUGUUGGCAACGGUGGCGGUGGCGUUGGCGGCGCUGUUGCCUCUUGCGUCGCCGCAGGAGGCGCUGGUGUGCCCCACGUGGGAGGAGAAUCCGUGGUGCCCUUGCUACAAUAAUGAAGACGGCAUCUUCAUGGAAUGCCCGAUGGUGUCCCUGGAGAUCGUGUCGAAGGUGCUCGGCCUCGUCAACAAUCCCAUCCACUCCCUGAGCAUCUACGACCUGGACCCUAACGUCACAACACUGCCCUCGGAAGUGUUCAGCCAGAGCGCCGGGGUCUCUCAGCUCCAGAUCUCGCACUCGAACCUGCAGAGCCUCGCUGAUGGGAGCUUCGAGGGUCUGGAAGGGAGUCUGGAGAAACUCACCAUCAAGCACUGUAAGCUCAACGCUAUUCCGCAGUCGCCUCUCUUCCAGCUCGGCCACCUCGCGAACCUGGACUUCGAGAACAACAACAUCACUGAGAUCCCCAGUUUCGCCUUCUCAAAGCUCACCCUCGUGAGCCUCAACCUGAAGGACAACAGGGUCAACUUGGUGUCAGAUUAUGCCUUCGAUGGCCUAAAAGAAACUCUCGAGGUGAUAAAUUUUAAUGGAAAUAACCUGUCGCAAUUACCGUUAUCCUCACUACGAAAGCUUAGUUCCCUAAAGAAGCUGCAGGUAGCCUGGAACCACAUUCCUGAUGUUCACCUGGAUGAGCACAAUGGCCUCCCGACUCUUGAGUUCCUAGACAUGAGCAGCAACAGAAUCAGGAAGAUCAAGAGUACUAGUUUGUCUGGAUUGCCAGAGCUCGUGUCACUCUCCCUCUACAUGAACUCCAUCAACAGUGUCGCAAGGGACGCCUUCAGGGCAAACCCGCUUCUGGAAUCGCUCUUCUUCAGCCAUAACAACAUCCGCCACCUCGCACGUGAGACUUUCAAAUACACACCCAAGAUAAGGAUCAUUGAUCUCGGAAACAACAACAUGCAGUCCAUUCUUGGCGGCCUCUUCUGCAACCUUCCUGAGCUUGAGGAACUCGUGCUUGCCAACAACAACAUCAGAGAGAUCGCAGAUAAGACCUUUGCUAACUCAACGAAAAUAAAGGUUCUGAACCUGGAGCACAAUGCCAUUAGGUUUAUAGAAUUGGAAACUUUCAGGGAGAUGAUCGGUCUGGAGACUUUGCUUCUGAGCCACAAUAACGUCCAGGAACUUUAUCCUCGAUUGUUUAUGUCAAAUAUCAACCUUCAAACUCUUAAACUCGACAACAACAAUAUUCAUCAUCUUGAUGAAUCUCUCUUCAAGAACACAGCGAGAAUGAUGAAACUCUUCCUUGAGAACAACAGAAUAACAAAGAUCGAGAGGGGACUCUUUUCACUGAAUUCAUACCUUCAAGAGCUCCACCUGGACAACAACGACAUCGAAGUCAUUGCAGCAGGAGCCUUUUCUAAACUCCGAAAGCUGGAACACCUAAGCCUCCAAGACAACGAAAUCCUUGCUCUCCCCGACGCCCUUCCCGACAAGACGAGUUCCCUUCGAUAUCUUCGUCUGAGCGGCAACAACCUCAACACCCUCAACGACCAUUCCCUCAAAGGGCAAGACCAGUUGGAUGUGCUUUGGCUUGACCGUAACAACAUCUCAGCUCUCGUCGAGGGUGUGUUCAAGGAUUCCGCUCUCCUUCGACAACUCCAUUUGCAGGAGAACCAGAUAUCGUACAUUCAGGAGCAGGUGUUCAUGAACAUGACAGAACUGCGAAAGUUGUACCUGUCGUACAAUCUUCUUGAGACGAUCAAUGAACGAAUGCUGUUCGGUCUGUCUGCCUUAAAUGAGCUACACUUGGACAACAACAUGAUAAGAGAAAUCGCUCCUAACUCUUUCCAUAAUAUGAGCAACUUAGAGAAAUUAAAUCUGUCAGGCAAUAUGUUAACGUCAAUCGAAAAAAGUUUAUUCAAGACUGAACUUCGCAUAACACAUUUAAUAAUUGAUAAUGCACAGGUGAGCGAAAUUGAAGAUGGAGCCUUCGAUACUUUGACUUACCUGGACACACUGAGCUUGAGGGGCAACGAUCUUUAUGAACUAAAUGGAGGAUACCUUAAACUUAGUCAGCUUAGAAAUCUUGACCUUAGUAAUAAUAACUUCCAGGCCGUCGGUUCAUCAGCAUUGAUUGACCUCCCUUUCCUUGAAACCCUUGACCUGAGUGAAUGUUCCAUUGAGGCAGUACCACAGAACUUCUUCGACAACAGCAAAACUCUGAGGUCUCUGAGCCUGCGUGGGAACAAUUUAACACACCUGGAGCCUCUUGUGUUUAGGAGCCUUUUCGAUCUCCUCAGACUGGACAUUUCUUACAAUGCUCUCGACGGCCAAAGCUGCAGGUCACUGCUGCCAAUUAAGGAACUUGAGCAACUCUCCAUAAGCGGAAACCCCAUCAAGCAUCUAUGCCCAUCCUUGGGACUUUUGCACGAGAUGAAGGAGCUCUACGCAUCUGACAUUCAGAUGACGGAUCUGAAGGUCUCUACAAUGGAAAGCCUGAGGCACAUCGAAGUCCUCGACAUCUCCGACAACCACCUCACCCACUUACCCAUCGGCAGCUUGCAAGACUCCUCCCUCAGGCGUCUCAACCUGGCAGGCAACAAGCUAAAGCAGAUCCCUGACACCCUCUUCGUCGACGGCGUCUCGUCCCUCGAGCUCCUCAACAUCUCCAACAACCCGCUGGACAGACUCGUCAACAAGCAAGUAGGAAAGCGCCUGGUACUGGACUUCCUCGAAGAGCUGGUUGCAACGGGGACCAAGCUGAAGGAACUGGCGAGUCACGAGCUGCUGCACAUGCCCUCCCUCAGGUCCCUCAACCUGGCCAACGGAACCAUCAGCAAGAUCGCCCAGGGGACCUUCAGGACCCUCAACCAGCUCUCUCAGCUCAAUCUCGGAUUCAACCUUCUGCAGACGAUGCCGCGAGAGAGACUGCGUGGGCUUCCCGCCCUCACACAUCUCAACCUCACGAGAAACAGGCUUAAGCAGCUUGACCAGUUCCCGUCGGACUCCGCGAGUAUGAAGGUUUUAGACGUCUCGGGGAACAUGCUCACCGAGAUUGAGGAGCACGUCUUCAGGCACACGGAGAGCCUCGAGAAGAUCUACCUCGGGGAUAACUGGAUAACCUCCAUUCACCCUCGAUCCCUGGAGCCUCUAGAUCGCGUCAGGCAUCUCGACCUGAAUCACAAUAACUUGGAAGUCCUUCAGCCUUUCGUUUUGCAUCCCAUUGAGAGGACACUGGAAACCAUUAAGCUCACAGGCAACCCUCUUGUAUGCAACUGCGACACACUGGACUUAUGGAUAUGGCUACAGAACCACCCGGGCCAGGUUGAUUCCCCACACCUAAUCGUCUGCGAAAUGCCCGAGACUUUGCGAGGCCAUUCGUUCCUCACUCUCUCCGCGUCCGUGUUUUGCCCUCAGUCUCUAAUCCUCAACAUGGACAUCCAGGACACGCAGAGCCAGGCGCUGCUGGUGUCCUGGCAGGCAGCCAACACCUCAGCUGUGUAUGGAUUCCGGGUGUCCUACAAAGCCAUAGGAGACGACAAAACGCCUCAAGAUGUCAUAACUUCCCCAACCCUCGGCUUAGGAUCCCGGGAAUACCUCCUGGAAGACCUGGAACCUAGUACCGAGUACCAGGUGUGCGUGCAUGGUAUGGCCAAGUCCCUGGGUCUCGUUCACCCUCACACUGUGGGCCCGACGGCGGAGAGUUUGCGGGAUAACGACGAGGGGUCCCGCUGCAUCCGCGGCCGCACGAUGUGGCCCGCGUCGGCCAUCGUGGCGGUGGAGCGCGUCGGCACGGUGCUCGGGGCGCUGAUCGCCACGGCGGUGCUGGUCGGCAUCUUCGUGAUGUUCGUGCGGUACCGCGUGUGCCGCCGCGCCGGCGAGAAGGGCGCGGUGGGCCACGGCGUGAAGCCCAACGGCGCCCCGCCAGACUACUACAGCCACCAUCACCACUUCCCGAAGGUGCACCGCGACGACGAGUUCGCCUGCUAGGGCGGGCGCGGGUGAGGGCUCUUUAGUGAACUGUGAUGCGCAGUGGCCAAGGAUGAGAUGAGUGAAGGUAACUAGUGUUGAGUCAGUAUAAGUAAUCAGUGACAGUGUUGGGUAUGGUAAGGAACUGUCGAUAAAUAAAGCGACAGUGAAAAAGAAACAUUUUGAGAGGUAUUCGGUGACGAAGAAGGAAAACAGGACGGAUAUUGGAAAGUAAGAAAUUGAAAGGAACAAAAAAGACAUUAUAAUUUCCUCUUACCGAAUGAUCGAAAUGAGAAACUUUUGAGGAGAUCCUGCCUUGGCAGGUUUUACAAGUUGCAAGAAAGUUUAUUCCUCAUUAUUAACAGUUUGAUAACUUCCUUAUGGCAUUUUCUUUCUCUAUAUGAAAGAAAAUACACAAACUUGUAAGAUAUCUUGCGGACUACGAGGAAAAAACGAUGUAUAUUCCUGUACAAAACACCGUUAGCGUUGUACUAGCUUCUGAUAAGAGGCUGAGAUUCAGAAUUCAUUCAUCCAGUGUAAUAUUCACAUCGAACUCGUUGACGUCAUCAUCUCACAGGUGACAUCACUCUGGUCCUCUCGUUGCGUCAUCGCGGCUCUCUGACGUCAAUUCAUAUUCUCUUAUGCUUUUGUUUUGACGUCACAACCUUUCCAUGAUGCCAUUCUCAUGCAGAUUCGUAGGGCGUGGUUCCCGAAUGUGCCACACACACGCAAGUGACGUGCGACAAGUGUUGGCACUGUCAGCUGAGAGUGCCACGUGUUAGUACCUCUUUAAGAUCAAGGAGGAAAUUGAACUCUACAUAAGGUUGACCUUGUGUGACCUAGUACGUUGACCUAGGACCACAGACUGCAAGUGAACCGCUGGAACCCGAGAACCAUCGCCAAAAAAAAAAAAAGUAUUAUGGUUUACGAUGACGCAACUGUGACGUAAUUAAGAAGUAACUAGUCUUCUAUCUCGACCACCUCCUCGAGAGGCUAAAAAAGUGUGUACAUUUUCUUAUAAGUGUCCCUCGAUUUUGUUUUUCUGUUUUCUUCUUUUUGUCAUUCUAUUUUUUAUUUUCUUGUUCUCUAUCUUCUUUCUUGUGUAUGUGAGAAAGACUUGAAGUAUGAUCUGUCUAACUGAUAAUGUUCGGCGUUAUUUCUAAGAUGUAGCUAUAAGUGUAUUCCAAAGAUAAGAUGUAGGCCCCGAUGCAUUUUCAGUAUAAACUCAUUGUAUGCAAGUGGACAGUAUGUGGAUGGGUGUGGGUUAGUCUGUAUACAUGGGACUAUUCGCGUUAGGCAUGUGUGUGUGUGUGUGCGUGCGUGUGUGUGUGUGUGUGUGUGUGUGUGUGUGUGUGUGUGUGUGUGUGUGUGUGUGUGUGUGUGUGUGUGUGUGUGUGUGUGUGUGUGUGUGCGUGUAUGUGUGUGUGUGUGUGUGUGCAGGCUUUCGUAUAUCUUAUGUUGUUUUCAUGUUUGUGUACGUCUGUGUACAUAUGUGUACUCGCAUAUGCUUUCAGGUCUGGUAUAUAACACUUUUGUACAGUGACGUAUAUCAGCCUGUGUCUGUUUCCAGAUGCAUUGUAUAUCUAAGUGUUGACAUUUUAACUCAAUGUAAAUUCUUAGGUCUUAGGAGUUUACUUUAGAAUGAUUUACUGAAAGGUGUGAACAAUGAUUUUUCAGAGGUUAUGAAGAUCAACCAAUGGGACUAUUUGUACAUUGUAAAUAAAUAUAAGAAAAAAAUGAGAAA